ACGGUCAGAGACUGCAGACAUACUACAGGAGACGGUCAGAGACUGCAGACAUACUACAGGAGACGGGUCAGAGACUGCAGACAUACUACAGGAGAUGGUCAGAGACUGCAGACAUACUACAGGAGACUGGUCAGAGACUGCAGACAUACUACAGGAGAUGGUCAGAGACUGCAGACAUACUACAGGAGAUGGUCAGAGACUGCAGACAUACUACAGGAGACGGUCAGAGACUGCAGACAUACUACAGGAGACGGUCAGAGACUGCAGACAUACUACAGGAGACGGUCAGAGACUGCAGACAUAGUA